GAUUUUUGAGCCAGAUUUUGUAUCCUGUACGCGGGCUGGACUGGUAGGAAAUAUCGGGAAAGUAAAAAUACCGAUAUUUCGGCGAUAUUUUCGGCGACUCCACAGUUGCUCCGCGCGUCAGAUCCACUCGCGAUUUUUUUCCGAUUUAUCGGUGCUUCACCGAUAUUUCGCCGAUAUAUCGGCGAUUUUGCCGAUUUUUCAAUCCCUGCUCAUGACCAACUUCGUCAUUUUCUCUCUUGACUGAAGUUUUCCCUCUUAAAUAUGCCUCAAACUCACGUUAUGUGACCAAUCCAACAUCCUCAAACUCACCUUACCAAAGUUUUGACUUUUGAGAACAAUGUCCGUAGUUGCAGAAAUUCCAGGUUACCUCCAACUCCUUUCUGAUGGCUCCGUUAAACGACUUCAACAGCAAACUUCCGCUGCCUCCAAUGGUUCAUCAUCCAAUGGAUAUAAGUCCAAGGAUGUGAUCAUUAACUCAACAAAGCCUACAUCUGCAAGGAUCUUUCUGCCUGAUAUUCUGGGCUCCUCUAGCCUCCUUCCAGUUAUAGUUUACUUCCAUGGUGGAGGUUUCUGCGUAGGCUCAACCACAUGGCUUGGGUACCAUACUUUCCUUGGAGACCUUGCGGUGGCAUCCCAAUCAAUAGUUCUUUCGGUGGACUACCGCCUUGCACCCGAAAACAGGCUCCCUAUAGCUUAUGAUGAUUGUUAUAGUUCACUUGAGUGGCUAAGUCGCCAAGUGAGCUCUGAACCAUGGCUUGAGAGAGCUGACCUCUCUCGAGUGUUUCUCUCAGGGGACAGUGCUGGAGGAAACAUCGUUCACAAUGUUGCUCUCAGAACAAUUCAGGAACAAUCUUGUGAUCAAGUAAAGAUUAAAGGGUUGUUGAUAAUACAUCCCUUUUUUGGGAGCGAGGAGAGGACUGAGAAGGAGAGGGCCAGCGGAGGAGAAGCUGAGGUUUUGACAUGGCUUGACUUGUUUUGGAAACUAAGCUUGCCAGAAGGGUCCAACUGCGACUAUUCUGGGUGUAACUUUGCGAUGGCAGAAUUGUCCUGGGCUGAAUGGUCUCGGUUUCCACCAGUGGUGGUUUAUGUGGCUGGUUUGGAUGUCUCAAAAGAAAGGCAAGUCACGUAUGCAGCCUUUCUGGAGAAGAAGGGGGUGGAGGUGAAGCUGGUGGAAUCUGAAGGAGAAAUUCAUGCGUAUCAUAUGCUCCAUCCUGAAUCUGAGGCGACUCGUUUGCUUCAAAAGCAAAUGAGUGAGUUCAUUCAUAGCUUUUAGAUGGUCAUCAUAAGGCCCUUACAGUUGUACUUCUAUGACUUUAUUUAAAAUAUAGCAGGCAAAAUGUUUUUCAGGUGCUCUCUGAGUCAUCUCCAAUUAUUCAUCAGAUGAAAUUCA